ACAGGGAGGCUGGUCUCUUCUCCGGACAUCACCAAGACUCAAACAUGCCUCUGCAUUUGGACAUUAGGCGGAGCCUGACAGUUCGGUCAGAUCGGGUUAAGAGUGUGGAUCUGCAUCCCAGUGAGCCGUGGAUGUUGAUGAGCCUCUACAGUGGCAGUGUGAUGAUUUGGAACCAUGAGACACAGAUAAUGGUGAAAACCUUCGAGCUCUGUGACCUUCCCGUCAGAACAGCCAAGUUCAUAGCCAGGAAACAUUGGGUUGUUGCUGGAGCCGAUGACUUGCUAAUCCAUGCUCUGAAUUACAAUACUAUGGAGAGAGUUUGCAUGUUUGAAGCCCACUGUGACUACAUACGCUGCUUGGCUGUCCACCCCACACAGCCCUACAUCCUUACCAGCAGCGAUGACAUGUUGAUCAAGCUGUGGGACUGGGAAAAAAAGUGGACGUGCACUCAGGUGUUUGAGGGACACAAUCACUACGUCAUGCAGAUUGCUUUCAAUCCCAAAGACAACAACCAGUUUGCCAGCGCUUCCUUGGACAGAACUGUUAAGGUGUGGCAGUUGGGCUCUAAUACUUCCAAUUUCACUCUGGAGGGUCAUACCAAGGGAGUGAACUAUGUUGACUACUAUCAUGGAGGAGACAAUAAACCCUACCUCAUAUCAGGAGCUGAUGACCAUCGGGUGAAAAUCUGGGAUUAUCAGAACAAAACUUGUGUUCAAACCCUGGAGGGUCAUGUCCAGAAUGUCUCAUGCGUUGCCUUCCACCCCGAGCUGCCGAUUAUACUCACAGGUUCCGAGGAUGGCACUGUUCGAAUGUGGCACGCCAAUACUUACCGCCUAGAAAACACUCUCAACUACAGCAUGGACCGUGUGUGGUGUUUGUGUGUGCAGCCCGGCUCCAACAGUGUGGCUUUGGGCUUCGACGAAGGAUGCAUCAUCAUCAAGCUUGGCCGGGACGACCCGGCUGUGUCCAUGGACUCUAGUGGGAAGGUCAUCUGGGCUCACCACUGUGAGAUGCAGCAGGCCAAUCUGAAGGCCGUGGGAGAAAUUGAGAUCCAGGAUGGAGAGAAGUUAUUAGUGGGAAUUAAAGAGAUGGGCAGCUGUGAGAUCUACCCACAGACCAUCCAGUACAGUCCCAAUGGGAGGUUUGUAGCUGUGUGUGGUGACGGGGAAUACAUCAUCUAUACCGCCAUGGCCCUGAGGAGUAAAAGCUUUGGUUCAGCUCAGGAGUUUGUCUGGGCAAACGAUUCUUCAGUGUAUGCUAUAAGAGACAGCAACAACAUGGUCAAAAUCUUCAAGAAUUUUAAAGAGGACAAAGCGUUUAAACCUGAAUUUGGCGCUGAAGGUAUCUAUGGAGGUGUGAUGCUGGGAAUGAGAUCAAAACAUGGUCUGGCCUUUUACAAUUGGGACAAUACUGAACUGAUCCGCCGUAUUGAAAUCCAACCUAAACAUAUCUUCUGGUCGGACAGUGGGGAGUUGGUGUGUAUCGCUACACAUGAGUCUUUCUUUGUGCUUCAUUACCGGGCAGACAGAGUGACAGAAGCCCAGGAGUCCAAUGAAGAUAAGAGUCAAGAUGGGAUAGAAGAUGCUUUUGAGGUGCUGGGUGAGGUCCAACAUGUAGUGAAGACAGGACUUUGGGUUGGAGACUGCUUCAUCUACACCAAUUCUGUCAACAGACUAAACUACUAUGUAGGAGGAGAGAUCAUCACCAUUUCCCACAUGGACAAGACCAUGUAUCUGCUGGGCUACAUCCCAAAGGACAGCCGUCUUUACCUGGGAGACAAAGAGCUGAACAUUGUCAGCUUCUCCCUGCUGGUUUCAGUGCUGGAAUAUCAGACAGCUGUUAUGAGGAGGGACUUCAGCUUGGCCGAUAAGAUUCUACCCAAUCCCAAGGAACAGAGGACCAGGGUAGCCCACUUCCUGGAGAAACAGGGUUUCAGAAAGCAAGCUCUGGUUGUGUCUACGGACCCAGAACACAGGUUUGAACUGGCGGUGCAGUUGGGAGACCUUGAGGUUGCCCAUCAGAUGGCUUUGGAGGCACAGUCAGAGCACAAAUGGAAAGAACUGGCUGUGAUUGCAACUACAAAGUCCCAGUUCAGCCUGGCUCAAGAGUGUCUGCACCAAACUCAAGAUUAUGGAGGAUUACUGCUGCUAGCAACUGCAACAGGAAAUGCCAGCAUGCUGGACAAACUGGCCGAAGAGGCAGAAAUGAACAGCAAGGCUAACGUCACCUUCUUGUCUUAUUUUCUUCAGGGAAAACUUGAGAAAUGUCUGGACGUUCUCAUCAAAACAGACCGGUUGCCAGAGGCAGCAUUUCUGGCAAGAACACAUCUGCCGAGCCAAGUGUCAAGGGUGGUGAAGUUGUGGAAGGAAAGUCUGUUGAAGGUCAACCAGAAGGCAGCAUACGCUUUGGCUGACCCUUGCCAGUACAGCAACCUGUUUCCCGGCAUCCAGGAAGCCAUAGCUGCUGAACAGUACCUGAAGGAGACUUGUGUUAGGGUCAGACCCGCUGCAGAAUACCCACUCGUCACGCCAAAUGAGGAGCGCAAUAUUCUAGAUGAACAUACAGGUUUUGGACCAAAAGAAGACCGGAUUGAACCAGAGAUGGAGCUGGAGAACACAGAAGAAUCCAGUGGGAUAGCAGCAGUGACACAAACUGAACCCACAGAAGAAUCUGAUUCAGAAGAAUCAAAAUCAGAAAAAGAGGCCAUCUCAAAAUCAACAUCCGUUCUGCAGGGCACACUAACAGAGGAAUGUGUUGAAGAACAGCAAGCAAAACCAUCAUCCACUGACGCAAUUGACCAAGAAAUGGAAACACUAAACAAAACUACUGCUGAAUCAGAAGAAUCAGAGAUUUUCCCCAAAGAGCUAGGAAUGGAACAGUCCAGACCCAUGGAAGAUAUCAGAUCAUUAGUUGAGUUGAAUGUGCAGAUAACUCCAGCAGCUGAUGCUGAACAUACCGUCUGUAUUUCUGAAUCUCUGUCAUCUCGUACAGAGACGAAGAAGCAAACGCCAACAGAAGCUUCAAGUGAGGCAGUAGUGCCAGAAGCAACAGACACAGAGAACCUUCUUUUCACAGUAGAUACUGAUGUAAUACCAUCAGAAACAGAGAACAACACCAUUAUUUCUGAAGACUAGAUGCAG